UCAACUUUUCUCUAUGGAGAGGAGAUCAUCAUCAAACAUUGAAAUUGUGUUGUUUUAUUUCACAAUAAUUUUAAUCGAUAAAUGAAAUUUGUUAAUCAUUUCUAAACUACAAUAAGAUCGCGUAAAAGCUGUGUACCGACCGCAUAAAAUGGCUAAAAGAUCUGCAUCCGAAGCGUUCGAUACAGCAGAGCAGGUGGUCCACAAGAAAGAAGGAAAAAAGCAUUCUUUGGAUUCGGAUGAAGAAGAUAGCGGCGCUGAAGAAGAAAAAAACAAUGUUCUCAAUGCUGAUGACAUCGAAGGUGAAGAAGACGGUGUUGGAGGGAUGGAAGGUGAAAUAGCUAUAACGCCAUUCAAUAUGAAGGAAGAACUUGAAGAAGGUCAUUUUGAUACCCAAGGACAUUAUCAUUGGAAGAAAGAAAAGGAAGUAAGAGAUGGCUGGCUAGACAACAUAGACUGGGUCAAAAUCAAAGGCAGACCAGAAGAUAAAUACAAAGUUCACAAAGAUGAUGACAACAAGGGGCUGGGUGAUGAAUCGAGCAGUGAUGAUGAAGAACCAGAGGAGAAAUUCAAUCUGAUAGACAACUAUACAGAGAUUUUGCAACAUAUGAAACCAAAAGAAACUAUUGCAAAAACUUUACAGCGUCUUGGUGCUGGAUCUAAAAUCUCAAGUGCAGAGCGGUGGAAACGAAAAAAAGCAGGCAUAGUUGAUGAAGACAGUAAACAUGUCACAAGAGUAACUGAGCUCGCAAAUCAGAUUUUAACCAAACUUGGCAACAUGGAUGUAUACCAAGAAACUUAUGAAAAAAUAAGUUCAAUUAUUGCUAAGGAUAAACGUAAAAAUGAUGAUGUAGAUUUAGAUAUGUAUGCAGAUGAUUUUGAUCAAAAAGAAAAACAAACUCUUGGUCAAGAUAAAACUGAAACUUCAAAGGAUGUAGAAGAAGACAAUGAGCCAGUUGAGGUAAAAUGGGAGUUCAAACGCAGUCAAGAUGAUAAUGCUGAAAUAUCAGGACCGCAUUCAACAGAACAGAUGCACAAAUGGGCCACAGAGGGCCAUUUCGAAUCAGGUGUUUGGGUAAGAAAACAUGGCGAAGAUAGCCAGUUUUAUAGUUCCAACAGAAUUGAUUUUGAAUUGUAUAUGUAAUAAACUACAUUAAACUGAAAUGUGUAUACAA